AUGGCUACAGUUUUAUCAAAUAUAACAUUCGAAAAUGAAAAUUUUGAAAUUUAUAGUUUAAUCUGGCUUGAUGCUUUGGUAAAUAGUUCACAAGAAAAUCGUCGAGCACAAAAACAACUUCGAACAUCAAUCAAUCAUUUAUUAUCAUUCGAAGAUGAUCAACUCUGUUUCGAUUAUCUGAAAUCUCGAGAAAAAGAUGAUCGAAUUAUUUUUAUUGUUAGUGGACAGUUUGGACAAACUUUUAUUCCGAAAAUCGUUCAUUUUAGACAUAUUAUUGCUAUUUAUGUUUAUUGUUUUAAUAAAGAUUUUCAUCAACAAUGGGCUAAGAAUUAUUCAAAAAUUAAAGGUGUUCAGACGAAAUUAGAUAUCAUCAUAAAUCAAAUUAAAUCCGAUCAAAAUCAACGACAACAUUCGAAAAUUAGUGAAGCUUUAUCGAUUAAAAUAUUUAAUUCAAAUACAAAAAUUGAAGGACAAUCAACAACAAGUGAUUUAGAUGGUCAAUUUCUUCAUUCACAAAUAUUAAUUGAAUGUCUUAUUAAAAUCAAAUUAAAUUCUCGAGAUGAAAAAGAACUUAUUUCUUUAUGUAAACAAUAUUAUGAAGGUAAUGAAUAUGAUUUAAAUAUUGUAAAAGAAUUUCAAACAAAUUAUUUACCUGAAAAAUCUAUAUGGUGGUAUACACGUGAAUCAUUUCUAUAUCGUAUAUUAAAUAAAGCACUUCGGACGCAAAAUAUUGAUUUACUUUAUUUAUUUCGUUUUUUUAUUUAUGAUAUUGAACAACAAUUAGAAGAAAAUAAAUGUAAAAAUCCAGUUCGUGUUUAUCGUUCUCAAUUAAUGUCCAAAGAUGAAGUUAGAAUAUUAAAAACAUCUAUUGGAAAAAUUAUUUCAAUAAAUUCAUUUCUUUCAACUAGUUCAAAUGCUGAACGUGCUCGUUGCUUUUUUUCAUGCGUUGAUUUAUCUGAUGAUUAUGAAAAAGUAUUUUUUCAAAUAAAUGCUGAUCCUCGAAUUGAUAAUAUUAAAGCAUUUAGUAAUAUUACAUCAUUAAGUUAUUAUUCAAAUGAAGAAGAAAUUUUAUUUAUGAUUGGAUCAAUUUUUAAAUUAAAUAAUGUUCUUCAAGAUACUGAUGGAAUUUGGAUUAUUCAAAUGAGUUUGUGUUCGUUUGAUGAUGAACAAUUACAAGCACUUUUUCAACAUAUGAAAAACCAAUUAGGUAAAGAAGAAACAAAUCUUCUUAAAUUUACUCAAAUAUUAAAAGAUAUGGGAAAAUUAGAAGAAGCUGAAAAAUAUAUUUUUCGUUUACUUAAUCAACUUUCAAAAGAUCAUAAAGAUAUUGCAUCAUGUUAUUUUCAAUUGGGAGGUAUAGCACGUUGUAAAAGUGAUUAUGAUUUAAGUUUAGAAUGGCUCAAUAAAUCUCUUCAAAUCAGAAUGCAAACAUUAGAAUCAGAUGAUCCAAUUAUUACAUCUAAUUAUAACGCUAUAGCGAUGGUUUAUCGAAAAAAAGAUGACUGUAAACGUGCAUUAGAAGCAUAUAAUAAAGCAUUGGUUAUAUACAGAAAAGUAUAUGAUGAGAAUCAUCCGACUGUUGCUCUGUGUUACAAUAACAUUGGUAAUAUUUAUAAAAAAGAGAAGAAAUAUUCUGAAGCAUUAGUUUCUUAUCAAAAAUCACUUUCAAUUCGAGAAAAAUGUCUUCCUGCUAUUCAUUCUCAUAUCGGUAGUUCACAUAAUAAUAUUGGUACGCUUCAACAUAUCUUACGUAAGAACGACUUAGCACUGGAACAUUUAUAUAAAGCACUUAAAAUUUACAAUAAAGCUCUUCCAUCACAACAUCCUGAUAUUGCAAUAGUAUUAAGGAAUAUAGGUGUUGUUUAUGAAGAUAAAAACGAUUUGAAGCAAGCGUUGUUCUAUUUUAAAAAAGCAGCGGAUAUUUAUCGUCAAUUAUUUAUACCAACGAAUUUUGAUGUUAUUCAGAUCGAAAAUGAUAUUCAACGUAUUUUAAAUCGACAAGAAGAACUCAUUUGA